CGCAAUGAGAAAGACAAGCCAAAGUCUAAGCAUGUUCUACCUGGCCAUGAACCAUGGAUAUUAGUGAAGACAAAAUUUCGUAGGCGCUUUGUACACAAUAUGCAGACGAGAGAGAGCUUCUGGCGCAUUCCGGAUGAUGUCUGGCCUGCUGUACGAGACUUUGAGAGGUGGGAGAAGGAGCAAAAAGAAAAGAGCGACAAUGCCAAGUGGGCAGAGGAGCAGCUCACGCAGAUGCGAAAGCAGAGCAAGGCAGUCGAGGAUGCAAAAUCUGCGGUCAAAGCUGUUCAGCCACUACAGCCUCAGGGUCAUGAUUUGGAAAGUGACAGCGAGUAUGAGGUUGUUGAGGUGACCGACUCCGAAGGCGAAGAAGGCGACGAUGACGAGGCACAGCAAUCUACAGAAAAAGGAUCGCAGCCAGAACAAGGCGACGAGGCACAAGAAGACGCUCCAGUUGAAUUUGGCGAAGACGACAUUGAGUGGCAAUUGGCACAGAUGGGUCAAGAGUACGGACUUGAUCCAGGCGAGUAUGGCGAAGAACCUGAAGCUGGUUGGGAAGAAGGCGCAGAAGGCCUCGACUUGAGUGGUGAGGAUGCUGUCAACCUAUUCCGAGACUUGCUAUACGACUACCAGAUCAGCCCUUUCACUCCUUGGGAGAAGAUCAUUGCGGACGAGUCGGAUACCAGCAUCCUAAACGAUGAUCGAUAUACAGUAUUGCCAAAUAUGAAAGCACGACGAGAAGUCUUCGAUGCGUGGGCCAGAGACCGGGCAGCGGAGCUCAAGGCUGAAAGGGCAGCUAUGGAGAAGCUUGAUCCUAAAAUUCCCUACUUGGCGUUCCUACAGGCAAAGGCGACCCCGAAGCUAUACUGGCCAGAGUUCAAACGCAAGUACAAGCGCGAAGGAGAAAUGAACGACCGCAAGCUCAGCGACAAAGAUCGAGAAAAGCUUUAUCGCGACCACAUCAGUAGACUAAAGCUACCCGAAAGCACACGCAAAGCGGAUCUGCAAGUGCUUUUGAAGAGCUUGCCUUUGAAGGCCUUGAACCGGGACACAAGGCUUGACUCCUUGCCGCAGCAACUGCUCUCUCAUCUUCACUUUAUAAGUCUUCCGCCGGUUGUCCGAGACUCCGUCAUCGAAUUGUUCAUCAAGAAGCUGCCUCCUGCGCCUGAUGAUUGUGACAGGAGUGACGAGCAGCGAGCGGAAGAUGAAAAGAAGCGCGAGGAGCGAAAACGUCGCGAAAAAGCCAUGGCAGAGCGGGAGCGUAAAGUCGAAGAGGAGCGACAACAAAGUCAAAAAGAUGAAGCUCGAGCGAAGCGGAAUCUCCGCGAGGAAGAGCGCGAGCUGCAACGAGCCAUGGCUGUGGGCAAUCGAGGUCUCCAGGCACAUAUC